CUGAUUAUUAUAGACGAACUGCUAGUAAGCGUAAGUUGUGUAGGAGCAGCAGCAUAUUUCUAAACUUUCUCCUGAAUUUGUUGGCGGGAGGUUUGGGAUUUAACUUCGCUCAUUCACACAAAUCACAAACUCUAGAUAGCUCUCUCAUACUAAUUUUUAACCCUAGGCAAAGCUCCAUUUCUCCGCUCCCCACCAUACUCAUUCACUUUCACUGCUAGUAUUUCUCUCUCGCCGUACGGCAAACAGAGAGGAGGCUGUAGCCGUGUGUACUUUUGAUGGAAGACGAGCAAGUCGCAUCGGAGAUCGUCACUCGCCGUUCGAAAAGAACUAGGGCUCAGACUAGAGCCAACGACGACCGAGCACAACCACAGGCCCCCCACAGCAAGGCCGCCAAUAGCACUCGUGGAGAAAUUAGCGAGAACGAGGAGGAGGAAAGAGAGGAGUCUUCUGACGAUUUUGAAGAAUCUCGCUCCAAAGCUAAGAGAAAUAGGGCUACUGCUGUUGGUGUUUCCGCCUCCGGACGGAAGCCAAGCCAGCGCUUGAUUGAGAUUAUUAAAGGGAAUGGGAAACAAAUUCCUCAAUUGGUUAAACAUUGGGUUGAAAGAUAUGAGAAAGAUCCAAAGCCUGCAACAGUUGAACUUCUAACAAUGCUCUUUGAGGCAUGUGGAGCAAAGUAUCACAUUAAAGAAGAAUUCCUGGAUAAGACUGAUGUUGACGAUGUAGUAGUUGCUCUUGUUAAUCUGGCCAGCAAAGGUGCAGUUGAAGAUUAUCAAAGUUCAAAGAAGGAAUUCAAGAUUUUCAAGGAUAAUCUUGUGGCUUUCUGGGACAGUGUAGUUGUUGAGUGUCAAAAUGGACCACUAUUUGAUCAGGGCUUAUUUGACAAGUGUAUGGACUACAUAAUUGCAUUAUCAUGUACUCCUCCAAGAGUUUACCGUCAGGUUGCUUCACUGAUGGGGCUUCAGCUUGUUACAUCCUUCAUAAAUGUUGCCAAGAUGCUUGGUGUACAGCGAGAAACUACUCAGAGGCAAUUAAAUGCUGAAAAGAAAAAAAGAACUGAUGGGCCCCGUGUGGAGUCGCUCAAUAAGAGGCUAUCCAUGACACAUGAGAGGGUAACUGUGAUAGAGGAGAUGAUGCGCAAACUAUUCACUGGGUUAUUUGUACACCGGUACCGAGAUAUAGAUCCUGAAAUCCGAAUGUCAUGCAUUCAGUCUCUUGGUGUUUGGAUUUUGUUAUAUCCAUCACUGUUCCUCCAGGAUUUGUACUUGAAAUAUCUGGGAUGGACACUGAAUGACAAAAGUUCUGGUGUACGAAAAGCUUCUGUCCUUGCGCUACAAAAUCUUUAUGAAGUGGAUGAUAAUGUCCCAUCCCUUGGCCUCUUCACCGAGAGGUUUUAUAAACGGAUGCUUGAGCUUGCUGAUGACAUUGAUAUUUCUGUGGCAGUAUGUGCUAUUGGACUUGUGAAACAACUACUAAGACAUCAACUUGUUCCUGAUGAAGAAUUAGGUUCUUUAUAUGACUUAUUAAUUGAUGAGCCUCCAGAGAUCAGGCGUGCCAUUGGGGCACUAGUGUAUGAUCAUUUGAUUGCUCAGAAAUUUAAUAGCUCCCAAUCUACAGGUGAUGAAGAUGAUUCCUCGGAGGUUCAUCUUAGUAGAAUGUUACAGAUAUUGCGAGAGUUUUCAACUGAUCAAAUUCUUAGUACAUAUGUAAUUGAUGACGUCUGGGAGUACAUGGAUGCCAUGAAAGACUGGAAGUGUAUCAUUUCUAUGCUUUUGGAUGAAAAUCCAUCUUCUGAGCUAAGUGAUGUGGAUGCCACAAGCUUGAUUCGACUUAUUUGCUCAUCUAUUAAAAAGGCAGUGGGAGAAAGGAUUGUGCCAGCCACUGAUAAUAGAAAGCAGUAUUAUACUAAAGCACAACGAGAAAUGUUUGACAACAACAGACGUGAUAUUACUAUUGCUAUGAUGAAGAACUAUCCUCAGCUUCUUCGCAAAUUCAUGGUUGACAAGGAAAAAGUACCAUUUCUGGUGGAAAUCAUUGUUCAUAUGAAUCUUGAACUUUAUUCACUAAAGAGACAAGAGCAGAGUUUCAAAAAUAUACUUAAGCUUGUAAAAGAAGCAUUCUUCAAGCACGGUGAAAAAGAUGCUCUAAGAUCUUGCGUCAAAGCUUUCAACUACUGUGCAACAGAGAGCCGAGGAGAGUUACAAGAUUUUGCACAAAAUCAAUUAAAAGAGCUUGAGGAUGAGCUUAUCAUCAAAUUUAGAUCAGCAAUGAGAGAAAUUGCGGAUGGUGAUGAUGAAUACUCUCUCCUCGUAAAUUUGAAAAGGUUAUAUGAAUUCCAGUUGUUGAGACAAAUUGGCAUUGAUAGCUUGUAUGAUGAUUUUUGCCAGAUCCUUCAACGUUUCAGAAACAUAGACGAGGAGGUCAUCUCUUUCGUUCUUCUUAACAUGUAUAUGCAUGUUGCCUGGUCGCUGCAUUCAAUUAUAACUAGUGAAAAAGUCUCUGAGGCAACAGUGGCCUCCCUUCUGCUGAAACGCACUACCUUGUGUGAACAACUUGAGCACUUUCUACUCCAUCCUGAAAAUGAAGAAGAGAGUAAAUCUGGAAGUCAGUUGGCAUGCAGGGUAUGUACAAUACUUGCGGAAAUCUGGUGCUUGUUCAGAAUGGAUAAUUAUGCUUCAACAAAAUUGGAAAGCCUAGGCUUUUGUCCAUCUGAGCCCAUUCUUCAAAAGUUUUGGAGAACGUGUGAGCAACAACUGCAUGUUUCAGACGAAACAGAAGAUGAAGAUGUUAACAAGGAAUAUGUUGAGGAGACCAAUCGUGAUGCCGUUAUGAUUGCUGCUGCGAAAGUUGUUGCUACUGAAGCAGUUCCUAAGGAUUAUCUUGGUUCAGAGAUUAUCUCUCAUUUUGUGAUGCACGGAACGAGUGUGGCUGAGAUUGUAAAGCAUCUAAUUGCUGUUUUACGGAAAAAAGAUGGUGAUAUGUCAAUUAUUCUCCUAGAUGCUUUAAAAAGGGCCUAUCAACGGCAUCUGGUAGUACUUUCUACUGGCCGUGAUGAGUCCCUAGCGAGCAAGUCAUUUCAGGACUGUAAACAUCUGGCUGCUCGGCUUUCUGGACUUUUCGUCGGCGUUUCUCGAAACAAGUAUAGAUCGGACAUUCUUUAUAUUGUCUCAGCUGGAAUUGAGUAUGCAUUUAGGGAUGCACCAAAGCAACUGUCUUUCUUGGAUGGCGCUGUUCUGCAUUUUGUGUCCAAACUUCCCCCAACCGAUAUUCUGAAUGUGCUGAAAGAUGUUGAAAAAAGAACUGAAAACGUCAACACCGAUGAAGAUCCCAGCGGCUGGCGCCCAUAUUUUGCAUUUGUUGACACUCUUCGUGAGAAGUAUGACAAAGAUGAGGGCUUACAAGAUGAGAAAGAAGGGACAACUGUGAGACGCCGUGGUCGCCCAAGAAAAAAGCAGAAUUUACAAGGAAAGAAACUCUUUGAUGAGAAUAGUUCAAGUGAAGAAGAAGAUUCAAUCAGUGAAUCUGAUCAGUUUGCUGAAGGUGAAGAAGAGAAGCAAGAAGAGGAAGAAGAGGACGCUCCUUUGAUACGGUCCUUUAAAUCAUCAUCCAAGUUAAGGGCACUGAGGGUUUCCAGGGAGGAAAAGAGAAGUCAAGCUAAAAUGGGGGACGCUAGUAGAGCUGCAGGGGACUUGGCUGCUUCCAGAACAUCAGGGGCUUCCAGCUAGCAUGGUUUUCCAGCUUUCAGAUUUUUGCUUGGUUAAUUUAUUAGGCCAACCGUGUUCCCAACCUUAUGCUUUUGCACUUUGAAGUGCCCUACCUGUGUACAUGGUGAGUUGUAUCAUAGAUUUAGUAUCGUAUCUUGAGCAAAUUGGCUAGAAUGUUGAAGUCUUUCUUCUCCUAGAGAUGAUGUGAUGUGUAUUUGUCUAUCAUCUGUAUGGUGGUAUUGAGCAAAUUUACCAAGUUCCUCCGCUAUGGUAGUUACCACUGUCCCAGUUUUUGUUGUUGGUGGGAUACAUUUUAA